UGUAAUAAUGAAAAGUAAUAAUUUGCAAUUAAAUAAUAAUGACACACAGACAUCAGUUCAAAUUAAUGCUAUUUUGUCCUUUCAACAAUUUAAAAAAAUACGAUGACAUAAUCAUCAUGUAGGCUACUCUAAUAUCUCAAAUACAGCAAUUUUUGCUGUCACAUAACUAUCUCUUUAACAUUUGUUUUGGCUUUGUGAGAAAUUUUGAUAAGGUCAAAUAAAAAGUAAUAAUACAAAGAGGGGGGUCCUCUACAGCACGACACUUUGCUCUGCAUAUUUUCAAAAGUGCCAUAGAAUUUCUAUGGCAACAAGGAAACACGCGUCUCCGCAGCAACCAGACCUGAGCGUCUCUGACGUUGCCUAGCAACCACAGCAGGGAGAAAAAUAAAAACUACGAACAGCUCUUGCGCCACACAAAUCAACAUUUCUGCUUCACUUAAUUCUUUUUCAAGACACCUGUGGAUAUGUUGAGACACAAGAAGGAGCAAAGAACACAAGGCUUCACCGUGAAGUCUACUAUGAAGAACUCCGUGGUGGUGGGCCCACCGCCUGCAGGGGCUUUUCAGACGCGCCCCUCUAAACCAACCACCUUUCGCAAGUUCUACGAGCGUGGAGAGUUUCCGAUGGCACUUGAGCAUGACACUAAGGGAAACCGAAUUGCAUGGAAGGAGGAGAUUGAGAGACUGGACUACCACCGCAUCCUGCCUUUGUUCUUCGAUGGCUUAUGCGAGACCGUUCAUCCGUAUGAGUUCUUUGCCCGGCAGGGGGUCCAUGACCUGCUCGAGCACGGAGGCCCCAAGAUCCAGCCUGUGAUUCCCCAGCUCAUCAUCCCCAUCAAGAACGCCCUGAACACGAGGAACCGUCAGGUGAUCUGCACCACGCUGAAAGUCCUGCAGCAUCUGGUGGUGUCUGGAGACAUGGUGGGAGAAACUCUGGUGCAGUUCUACAGACAGAUCCUCCCCAUAUUCAACAUCUUCAAAAACGUGAACAUGAACUCCGGAGACGGCAUCGACUACAGCCAGCAGAAGAGAGAGAACAUAGGUGAUUUGAUCCAGGAGACUCUGGAGAUGUUCGAGCUCUACGGGGGAGAGAACGCCUACAUAAACAUCAAAUACAUGGUGCCCACCUACAGGUCCUGCUUAAACAACUGAUCAAGCUGAUGCUGCACAGACUCUUGACGUCUCCGUCAGUCCCUCUUUAUCUGCCCCUCACCUCUAAACGAACCUCUUAUCUCUUGCCUUUUUUUUUCCAUCCUGGUUCUCUCCUAAUCUUAAUCUCAGCCUCACUCCAUGGUUUCUCCUUUUGUUUCUGAACUCCUCUCUGCUCUGUAGCAUAACCUUUUUAUUUUUUAAAUCCUUAUUAAAUUCAUUGCUGCAAGU